CCAGACAGAGCACAGGAGUCCACCAGUUGUUCGAUCUUUUUCUUGUUAUUUCGGUUGUUUAAACCAAAACAGAAAAUUCCUGUAACUAAAUAAAUAAAAUCGCACGACGCAUUGCAGCAGAAGCAGCAGCACAAGAAAAAAGAAAGAUCGAUUCAUGGAGACUGCGAUUUGCGGGAGAAUCCCUCUCUCCCCCAACCACGUCUUCAACCCCAAACCAGCAGGAGACAGACACCCUCUUUGUAAAGGAAAAUGCACCAAUAUUAGCAUUCCUGUGGCUGUAUCAGCAGCAGUACCUGGUAAAGGAGGAGGGUUAUUGGAAAGGCCAGUUAGAGAGAAAACAACUCCUGCCCGUGAUUCUGAGUUUGAUUUGAGGAAAUCAAGGAAGCCAGCUCCUCCAUAUCGUGUAAUACUGCACAACGACAACUUCAACAAACGGGAAUAUGUUGUGCAAGUACUGAUGAAGGUUAUUCCGGGGAUGACCCUUGACAAUGCUGUUAAUAUUAUGCAAGAAGCACACCACAAUGGCUUGUCGGUAGUGAUCAUAUGUGCACAGGCCGAUGCUGAAGAACACUGCAUGCAACUGAGACACAAUGGACUUCUGAGUUCAAUUGAACCUGCAGGUGGCGGAUGUUAACAACGUGCAUGGUGGAAAUCCAAUUGCUGUGAAGAAUACCCCUGAGCAUCGGAUGUACAUAUUAAUCCCAAUGCCCCGAUUGAUAUGAAAUCUCGGUCAUCCUAUGGUAAAAUUAAGACGAGGGUGGUAGUUUAAUAAAAAGGCUUAGUUUUAGUGUUUGAGAUUGCACUGUGUUCCGAGUGGCAAUGGCCUGCUGAACUCUCCGUCUUAUAGCUUAUAUAGAUGGUGCUUUUCAAAUCUGCUCAUUUACAUUUAAUCAACUUAGGGUUCACUUAAGACUUGCUUAUGGGAAGAUCAAAAGCGCUUUUAGACAACCAAAAGUACUGUCUUUCA